AUGUCUGACGAUACGAAUCGAUGGGAAGACUUUAUUGAAGCCAUGCAGAGCAAUGAGGUUCGCGUGGUAGUGGGAGAGAGGAAGAAAGUUUUCUCCGUGCCCAGAGACCUGUUCUCCAAGUCCUCAUCCGAGUUCGAGUUUACGUGCAUUCGCGAAAAGCCUGAGAUUGAACUCCCUGACGUCAACCCUGCUACGUUCGGUUCAUUCCUAGUGUGGCUACACUCGUGGCUCCCGAAUGGAAUCGUUGACGACAAGGCCGAAACGGUCGACCUUGCGAUUCUCGCUGAAAAAUAUGAAAUAUCCGCAUUAUUGCUUCAGUGCUUGCAUGUAUUGAAAGAGACUUGGGUGUACCAUACAACUGGUAAUUCAUCGCAAAAAUGGAUCGUUAAACGACGCAAAGCAGCAUCUCCUCAGAUCAUCCGCCGCAUCUUCGAAAAGACAAAGAAACCUCAGCACUUCGUGAUAUUCACUCUAUCUACAUUCUGGUCCCAGCCGCACUCCGAAGCUGCCUGGACGGAAGAUGUAGGUAUAGUCGGAUCGAGUGUGAAAGUCGAAGUCGGUAUACUUUCAAAUGAGAAGGCUAUAGACCCCGAGGAUCUAUCGCUAGGAGGAUAUUUGGCCGUGGUGGGACAAGAUACCAAACUGAAACCAACGUUAUUUUCGUUUCCAUCGCGACAUCAUAUUCUUCCAGACCAUGCGAACUAUGUGUCGACAUUCGAGACGCCAACUGGAUUGCAUCCCACCAUAAAGAUAUCGAUAUCCCCUUCGGCUUUAAUUCAGCCAUCGGCUCCAAUAGGCGCGACGUGCGCUCUCCAUACGUAUAUGACACUGCCUUCGACGAUAUUUGCAGACAAAUAUCAACUGUCUACAAAAGAUUCGUUGUUUCUGGAAUCGCACAAUCUCAAAGGAUUGCGAGCUGUUUCGGGCGAGACGGAUCUAGAGGCACCUGACUGGGUUCUUCCAGCUUGGGGAUCCAAUCUGCUCAUUGAAAUUGCGACACCUACGGAUAGCCAGGCUGUACAAAAUGGCAAUUGGAAUGUCACAAUUCCACUGCAUUUACGGUAUCUUAAGCCUACUGAAAGCGGACACCAGUCGACUUCCAUCCCCUGGCCGAUUGUAUUCUGGGCCUGCACUGCAGAGAAUACAGAGAUGGGAAUCAAUCCAUUUGACAGAGUCGAUCUCGGCUACGACAAGCUGUUCCCAGCCAAGACGUUUUUCUAUCAUCUCCAUCCGGAGAGCGACGGAGCGCUCAUGCAAGAGAUACAGGUUCCAGUGCUGCGGGCAGAUACUGAGGGCGGACGAUUGUUUGGCGAUGCGACAUCUCAAGUAGAGAUUGGAACUGUUGCGGCUGUAGUGAUAGGGUUCACCUGGGUUUUAUGGAAGUUGAUAUCUGGUCUAAGGUCUAGCCCGAAGGAUUCGGAUGAGAAGAAGAAGCAAUAA